AUGGCAAAUCAGGUUCGGUCAAUACAUGCUGAAGGGCAAGCACGUGUGCAUGUCGGCAAUAGUUAUUACGGCUCGAGCGACUUCCUCCCGACCGCAGACGAUGCAGCCUUCGACUCCCACGCGGAAGAGCAUAACGCCCGAUGCCACCGCGACACCCGAACCGAGCUCCUCCGUCAGAUCAGAGACUGGGCAGACAAUCCUCACGGCAAGACUAUCUUUUGGCUGAACGGCAUGGCAGGGACAGGGAAAUCCACCAUUUCUCGAACCGUGGCAAAGUCGUUCGCGGACGACGGCAUCCUCGGCGCGAGUUUCUUCUUCAAAAGGGGGAAAGGCAACCGUGGCAAAGCAACCUUGUUUUUCCCUUCAAUUGCCAGCCAGCUUGUGCGCAAACUCCCUGCCCUGGAGGCUUUUGUCAGAGAGGCUAUUAAUAACAAUCCGGAUGUUGCCAGGAAGGCACUGAGAGACCAAUUCAAAAAGCUUAUCCUGCAGCCUCUGGAUCGCAUUCACCACGCUAUAGCUGUGAUCGUCGUUGACGCUCUCGAUGAGUGUGACGGUGACAACGACGUGAAGGUCAUCAUCUCCUUACUAUCACAAGCAAAGGAACUCCGCUCCCCAGGUUUGAGAAUCUUCAUUACCAGCCGACCUGAGCUGCCCAUUCGUCUCGGCUUCAAGAACGUUACGGGAAAGUAUCAGGACCUAGCACUGCAUCAAAUCCCGGAACCAAUCGUCGAACACGAUAUAUCUGCAUUCUUGCGACACGAACUCGCGAGAAUCAGGGACGACUACAACCACCAAGCUCUCGAAGGCAUAGAGCUGCUGCCAGACUGGCCCGGUGAAUAUGUUAUUCGAACUCUCACUCAGAUGGCCGUCCCGUUGUUUAUUCUCGCUGCAACCGUAUGCCGCUUCAUUGAAGAUCCGGCGUGGUCAGAUCCCGCUGAUCAGCUGGAGAAAGUCUUGCAGUAUCAGAUGAAGGCCUACGAUUCCGAGCUCGGCAAGCUCGACGCGACGUAUCUCCCAGUUCUCAAGCAGAUCAUUAUCGGACAUACUAAUCCGCAGAAGCUAUUAGCUGCCUUCCGAGAUGUGGUUGGCCCCAUUGUCCUCCUCGCCCAGCCCCUCUCGGUGUUGUCGCUUGCACAACAUCUCAACUUCUCCACUAAAUCCAUAUAUGGCAGGCUCAACUCUCUCCACUCCCCCCUAAGCAUUCCCCCGAGGAUAGAUUUUCCUGUCAGACUCUUUCAUUUGUCCUUCCGUGACUUCCUCGUCGAUCCAACCAAGCGUGCUGCUGAGUUUUGGAUCGACGAGACAAAAUAUCACAAGAUACUUGCGGACAGAUGUAUUCAACUGUUGCACCAACACCUCAUGAGAGAUAUCUGCGGUCUACAAGUGCCGGGAAAGCUGCGGUCAGAGAUCGAUCAGCGAACUAUUGACGCCGUUCUGCCGCCCGAGACCCAGUACGCCUGUCAGUACUGGGUCCACCAUUUGAAGGAGGGUAAAAGCACCGUACAGGAUGGCGGCCCAGUCCACAGCUUCCUGACGAGCCAUCUACUUCACUGGCUUGAAGCGCUCAGCCUCUUGGGCCGUAUCUCGGAGAGUAUCAGCAUGGUAGACGACUUAUUAACCUUUCUACAUCCCACAAGUGCUACUGAGGUAUCUGCAUUCCUCUGUGAUCUGAAACGGUUUAUUUUAAACAGUCAAUCGAUUAUCGACAUAGCGCCUCUUCAGAUAUACGCUUCAGCACUUGUGUUCAGCCCGGCCCGCAGUAUAACAAGAGGCAUAUUUAUGCAAGAAGAGCGGAAGUGGAUUACUAGCGGGCCAAUUGUAGAAGAUAGUUGGAAUGCGUGCCGGCAGACGCUAGAGGGGCAUAGCGAUUCGGUCUAUUCGGUCGCGUUUUCGCCGGAUUCGAAGUGGAUUGCCUCAGGGUCAGAAGAUUGUACCAUUAAGACCUGGGAUCUCGAAACUGGAUCAUGCCGGCAGACGCUAGAGGGGCAUAGCAGUUCGGUCUGUUCGGUUGCAUCUUCCCUUAACUCAACAUUAAUUGCAUUUCAAUCAGACAAUGCCAACGCCCCGCAUUAUGAACACUAUGGAAUAAGCUCAGAUAAUAGGUGGAUGUUACAACCUGCACCGGGAGUGGAUACAGACUGCAAGGCAGUACGCCGAAGGUGA